AUGAGCGAACAUAAUAACGAGAAUCUGAAUUUACAUGAAGGAUUGAAUCUUGAUGAUGACGACCUGGAGAAUAUGUUGAAGAACCCAAAUCUAUUUACGACUUCACCAGGAAUAGAUGUUGAGAGCAUUCCAAGUGCCACAAAUCAGAACUCUGUAAAUGGCCAGGAUGAUAAGAGUGGUAUAAAAAGCCAAAAUAGCGACACAAAUGAAGUCAUUGAGGAUAUUGUCAACCCUUCCAUAGAUCCGUAUGUCUCUACACCGCAUAACGAUGAAAUGGCUUCUCCAGAAGACGAUAUAGAUAGUAUAAACAACAAAGAUAGCAACAAGCUUAUGACAUCGUUGGUGAGACAGAACUACGGGCCUCAUCUUGGUAGGGACAAUGCGGACAUUAACAGUUCCAAUUUUAGGUCGCACUAUCAAAACUUAUUUGAUGAUAACUACUUAAAGACGGAUAUGGGCUCACCAGUUAAUAAGAACAAGCGUAAGAGAGAAGAUGAUGAUGAUGACCAGCUUUACAGCUCACAGAUUCUCCGAGGACCAUUAUCUCCAGGUGGCAAUGCACACAAGGUGGAUAACCGAUUAAUGUCGUAUGGUAGUAAUAACCUUAAUAGUCGGCAGCAAACGCCUGGGAUGGAAAAUACUCCAUCAGUAUUAAACCGUCGUUUUCAGAAUAAAACCAGACCUGCGUUUGUGAACAAAGUUUGGAGUAUGAUUAAUGAUCCAGUAAAUUCACAUCUAAUACAAUGGUCUGAAGAUGGACUGUCCUUGAUUGUGGUAAAUAGGGAAAAGUUUGUGCAUGAGAUCCUCCCGAAAUAUUUUAAACAUUCCAAUUUUGCCUCCUUUGUGAGGCAAUUGAAUAUGUACGGAUGGCAUAAAGUCCAGGAUGUGAAAUCAGGUUCUAUCCAAAGUAGCUCAGAUGACAGAUGGCAGUUUGAAAAUGAGUUUUUUGUUAGAGGUAGAGAGGAUCUAUUAAACCGGAUAGUAAGGCAAAAGGGCACAUCCGCCAACGCAACGCCUGGGACACAAUCCAAUAUGAAGUAUGGCAAUGGCAACCAGAUACGUGGGCUUCCGAACGUGAAUGGACAAACUUUGAGGUUGAUGAAUGAGGCCAAUAUGGGUAAUACUAUGGAUAUUACUGCUGUUCUUGGAGAACUAGAGCAAAUCAAGUUUAAUCAGAUGGCUAUCUCUAAAGAUUUGAUGCGCAUAAACAAGGACAAUGAGCUACUGUGGAAGGAGAACAUGAUUGCCCGUGAGAGACACAGGACCCAGCAGCAGGCACUGGAGAAGAUCUUUCGUUUCUUGAGAAAUGUUGUUCCGCAUGCGGACCAGAAAUUGCUUAUGGAUGUUGCUGAGCCCGUUUCUAGUCGGAUUGAGGAGGCGCAGGAUAUAUCAGACGCACCCAGUGUGUCUUCAAAGAGCUUUGACUUUGAUGACGGAAAAGAGGAUAGGUCUAGGUACAUACCACUACAGGAUGAGGAUGGCAAGCGUCCUUUGUAUUUGUUAAAGAACCGAACUAUGAGUGAGAACAGCAACAAGAGCAGUGGUGGUCGUUUAGCCUCUACACAUAACGAUAGCAGUGGUCGUAUCUCAGAGAUACCGUUUGAAGAAGACGAUCUCAGUCCCCCUCGCCAUGAAGUAACUGACGUGGGGCAUAUCUCAGGUCAAAAGAAUGUAGCCAUUGAUAAGUUAAAAGCAGAUCUACACGAACAAGAGGCACGGAUCAAGUACUUGGAAGACAUGGUAGAGAAUAAAACCUUGGACUCGCAUCUCAAUGACUCGAUGACAAUGCCAAUGAUGCCCAGCCCAUCAACAAUGCUAAUGCAUGAUAUGGUUGAACCCUCAACGAUAGCAUUAGGUAAGGAGGCCACAGACACUAGCGAAGGGAAACACCAUGGUCAUGACCAACAAGGCCAAGUGCAAGGCCAGGACCAAGUGCAAGGCCAGGACCAAAUGCAUAGCCAGGACCAACAAAACGACAUGAGUGCAAUCGGUGGGUUAUCCGAAUUAUCCCCCGGGCUGUCUCCGGGACUGUCCUCGGGCCUUUCGCCAGGGUUCGAUAUCGGUGACUACCUGAACUCAUCGCAGAACCACAUGACACCGAUGUACGAGGAUAAGAAGUAA